AUGAAUAAGUCCUUGUUUUAGGAGCAUUCGAAAAGUUUGCCUCCAUUUUUUGCUGAAAAUAUUUUAUAUUUAGAAAUGGAAGUAGAAUGCAAUAAUGUCACAAUAGAGGUUGUCAAUUAAUUGUUAGAAUUAUAUCGAGUAAUAUUUUAGGAUUCAACUAGAUUGGAGUAGAGUAUUUCGAAUCCAUAAAAAGCAAUAAAUUUUUGGUUUUCAAAAAUAAAACGUAAUAAUUGUUGAUGAAAGGAAAUGUCAAUCAAUGCAUGAAUGUCGCAUAUGAAGAGUUAAAAAUUGAAACAGCCUUAAAGAAGUCUAAGCAUGUUCAAAGUCAUGAUAUUCUCCCUCCUCCGUCUCCAAAAGUCAUUAUUCCCUAAAAAUCUUAAAAACAAUAAGAAUUAGAAAAUCAAUUCAAAUACAUUUAGGAAUAGGAUUAAAAGUUGUAAGUAAAUCAGCUUUUAGAAUUUCAUGGCUAUGAAUAAUAGAGAGUGACAAGAAUACACAACAAGUUGUAAUUUACAAUAUAAUAGAGCUCUCUAGGAAUAGGAGGAUCAAGUGUAAAUGCGAUUGCAAAGACGAAGAUUACAAUCGGUUAGACUCAAAGGAUAAAAAGAGUGA